CGCCGUCGCGCAGCCGGGGAGCCGCUCCACGAUGCCGAACAUCAAGAUCUUCAGCGGCAGCUCCCACCAGGACCUGUCGCAGAAGAUCGCCGACCGCCUGGGCCUGGAGCUCGGCAAGGUGGUGACCAAGAAAUUCAGCAACCAGGAGACCUGUGUGGAGAUCGGUGAGAGCGUGCGGGGUGAGGAUGUGUACAUUGUGCAGAGUGGCUGCGGUGAGAUCAAUGACAACCUCAUGGAGCUGCUGAUCAUGAUCAACGCCUGCAAGAUCGCCUCGGCCAGCCGCGUCACUGCGGUCAUCCCCUGCUUCCCUUACGCGAGGCAGGAUAAGAAGGACAAGAGCCGAGCUCCCAUCUCAGCCAAGCUUGUUGCAAAUAUGCUCUCUGUAGCUGGUGCAGAUCAUAUUAUUACCAUGGACCUACAUGCUUCCCAAAUUCAGGGCUUUUUUGAUAUUCCAGUGGACAAUCUGUAUGCAGAACCAGCCGUGCUCAAGUGGAUACGUGAGAACAUCUCUGAAUGGAGAAACUGUACCAUUGUUUCACCGGAUGCUGGUGGAGCUAAAAGAGUGACCUCCAUUGCUGAUCGGUUAAAUGUGGAUUUUGCCUUGAUUCACAAAGAACGAAAGAAGGCCAAUGAAGUCGACCGUAUGGUGCUGGUCGGCGAUGUGAAGGACCGGGUUGCUAUCCUGGUGGAUGACAUGGCUGACACUUGUGGCACAAUCUGUCAUGCCGCUGACAAGCUUCUGUCAGCUGGAGCCACCAGAGUUUAUGCUAUCUUAACUCAUGGAAUCUUUUCGGGUCCGGCCAUCACUCGCAUCAACAAUGCAUGCUUCGAAGCUGUAGUUGUCACCAAUACCAUACCUCAGGAGGAUAAGAUGAAACAUUGCUCCAAGAUACAAGUGAUUGAUAUCUCCAUGAUCCUAGCCGAGGCCAUCAGGAGAACUCACAAUGGGGAAUCAGUUUCUUACUUGUUCAGCCAUGUUCCUUUAUAAUAGAAAAAUUGCGAGGCUUUUUACAAAUCAAGUUACCCCCUCCCAACCUCCCUUCUUCCACCUUUCCCCUCCACCCCCCCCCCCCCGUGGUACUUGAGGAAACAUUGAGCAGAAUCACCAGCUGGCUUCAAUUUAGUUUACCCACUUUAGUGUCUCUCCUAAAGACAGACAGAGAGACUUUCUUGAUUUCCCCAGUGUAUUGUGUUUGCUAUGUCUUGCAGUUUUCACUCCAGCUCAGGUGUCGCAAGACUUAGCAGCUGGAGGGGGGUGUGG